CUGAACCAUUUGUGGUCAAAUUCCAAAAAUAAUCCAAUUAAAAGCUAAAAAUAAAAUUAAUUUUGUCUUAGUAACACAUGUGGAGGAUUUAGGGUCUCUAACUCUAAAGCUUCUCACCCCUUUUCAGAGACAGCACGGAACAUCACAGGUUCAUAAUACUAAUCCCUGACUUUUAUGACGUUAAUAAUUGCAGACGCUAUUUAAAAGGUGUUGCUGUGAAGACGUCCAGGUAGUCUUCUCCUUCAUUGGCAAUAAUAAGCCUAAUGAACUAAUUGGUGUGUUAUAAAAAGGAGAUUGAAAAUCACAUACGUCGGCAGCGUGCAUUAAAAAUACAUCAGUGGAUUGAAUUAGAAAAAGAUGUCCAUUCUGAUUAGAUAUUGAUCUUGUGUUUCAGGUCCCAUAACAAAAUUGAGAUUGGAUGUGUGCAUCAGCGCCAGUUAUAUUAGUUACAUAAAAUGACAUUUAAUGAGGUUGGAGGUUAUCAGAGUGCUUUAUCUUGAAAGCAAGCCCACUGGGACUGGGAAAAUACUUGCCAUGUUUGCUUACCGAAUAGUACAUGUUGUUUCAUUAGUGCAUAAGAUGCAUUCUCAACUGCCUGACAUUUGUACAGAAUUGUCGGAAAUGAUAGUAAACAUAUUUGCCGUACUUAGGGAAUGUCAUCUACAUCAUUUAGCAAGCUGACCUUUCUCAGAGUGUUUGGACAGGAACAGCAUGGCCACAUGGUUUUGGUCAGCACUGUAAAUCCCCUGCUGAGCGUCCCUCCUUUUUCCUGUCCACCUCGAGGAACGAGGGAAGAGCCCUCCUCUGGUACGCUAGGUUUGAGGCCACUCUGACUCGCAUAAGCCCCUUCCUCAUCCGCUGAGGAAGCUGAGGAAGCGCGGAAAACCUCAGGAGAGGCAUCAACCAUUAACUCAUGCCUAUUAAAAGCAAUUGGGGGAAAGUUCACGUCCUCAGAUAUUGUGCAAGAGCAAAUUCCCAAGGAGCUACACAAUAAAGAUCGUGGUGUCCGACACACUCGCCAGAAAUGCUAUUUGCGGCGGAUCUGACUUGUCAUUAAGGUCCGUUGAGAAUGUUCAGAUAUGGUGGACACACAGACAUUCUCCUGGCCCAUGGGAUUUGGCCUAAGCGCUCUGGACCUGGAGGGACUUGACGACAGCUCGCACUCUCUGGACAUGAAGCCUUUCACCGCACUCAGUGACUAUACACCCAUCUCUGGCAUCGAGUACGCACCCAGCCCGGGCCAGAGCGAGACAACGCACAUGAUGGAUCUGACGCACAUGUACAACUACAGAGCCCAAGAGAACAACUAUAGAGCCCAUGAGAACAGCUACAGACUGCAAGAGAACAGCUAUAGACCGCAAGAGAACAGCUAUAGAGCACAAGAGAGCAGCUAUAGAGCACAAGAGAACAGCUAUAGCACACAAGAGAACAGCUAUAGAGCACAAGAGAGCUGCUAUAGAGCACAAGAAAGCAGCUAUAGAGCACAAGAGAACAGCUAUAGAGCACAAGAUAUCAGCUAUAGACCACAAGAGAACAGCUAUAGACCACAAGAGAACAGCUACAGAACUCAGGAAGACAACUACAAAGUACAUGAAACCCAAAGUUCGAUUAAACUUGAGCCCGAGUCUCCACCACAGUAUGCAGAAAACAGCAUGAUGUUCACAAAACAGCAUGAAGAUCCUUCCACCUCGGUUUUAAACAUUGAGUGUCGAGUGUGUGGGGACAAAGCUUCAGGAUUCCACUACGGGGUUCAUGCCUGUGAGGGAUGCAAGGGGUUCUUUCGCCGCACAAUUCGCCUAAAGCUAGUCUACGAUCAUUGUGACCUGCACUGCCGCAUCCACAAGAAAAGUCGCAACAAGUGCCAGUACUGCCGCUUCCAGAAGUGCCUGAUGGUGGGCAUGUCGCACAAUGCCAUUCGCUUUGGCCGCAUGCCCCAGGCAGAGAAGGAGAAGCUCUUGGCUGAGGUUUCCUCCGAUCUGGAGCACAUGCACCCGGAGGCGGCUGACUUAAGGGCCCUGGCCAAGCAUCUUUACGAGAGCUAUCUGAAGAACUUCCCCCUGACCAAAGCCAAGGCCAGGGCCAUCCUCUCAGGGAAAACCAGUGACAACGCUCCGUUCGUUAUCCAUGAUAUGAAGUCUCUGCUAGAGGGUGAACAGUUCAUAAACUGUCGUCAGAUCCCACGGCAGGACCAUCACAGGCGUCUGAGCGUGAGCUCGGUUCAGUCGGACCUGCAGCGCGAGGUGGAGCUGCGAUUCUUCCACAGCUGCCAGUCACGCUCAGCCGAGGCAGUCAGCGAGGUCACAGAGUUUGCCAAGAGCAUCCCGGGCUUCCUGAACCUCGACCUCAACGACCAGGUGACACUGCUCAAGUAUGCAGUCAUUGAAGUCCUCAUCAUCAUGAUGGCACCGCUCAUGAACAAGGAUGGCACGCUUAUCUCAUACGGCCAGAUCUUCAUGACACGCGAGUUCCUCAAGAGCCUGCGCAAGCCCUUCAGCGAGAUGAUGGAGCCCAAGUUUGAGUUUUCUGUCAAGUUUAACAUGCUAGAGCUCGACGACAGCGACAUGGCUCUCUUCUUGGCCGUCAUUAUUCUCAGUGGAGAUCGUCCAGGCCUGCUGAAUGUGAAGCCCAUUGAGGAUCUACAGGAGAAUGUUCUCCAUUCACUGGAGCUCCAUCUUAAAAUGAACCACCCGGACUCCCUCCAUCUUUUUGCCAAAGUCCUGCAGAAGAUGACUGACCUGAGGCAGAUCGUUUCCGACCACGUUCACUUAAUUCAGUUGCUCAAAGAGUCUGACAUCAACAUGUGUUUACAUCCACUGUUGCAGGAGAUCAUGAAGGACCUGUAUUAGUGUAUGGAUUGGCUUGUAUUAGCUGAACACUUGUGAUCAUGCUGAGGGUCUUUUUUUUUCUCCCAUCUGUGAACAGACAGAGGAAGAUGGAGUAAUCAGUUUAGCAGUAUCAGCAUGUUAAACAGAGAAGGUCACUUCUACAAUGAGUGAAAUUCUGCUAUAAUGGGAAAGCAAAUAUAUUCUAUAUUUUAUUGGGUUAAAAAAAAUGUGUGCAAGUAUUUGGAAAGAGCUGCCUGUAAACCUGGAUUGGAAAUAGUUUUUUUUUUCCCAAGAGAGCGCACCUUCAUUUAUAUUGUUUGCAAAAGAGAGAGUUGGAGAGUUUUAGGAGUUAGUAAUAAAAAUGUGACAUGUGAUAAACCAAACAUAAACCUAAAUGAUAUAAAGUUUUAAAUUCUUUGCUGACAUGAACAGCUUAAAAUAAUAUUAUCUGUGACAGUUUUGUACAUUGUUCUCACUGGGGAAUUAUAUAUGUGAAAGCUUUAAUUUUUGAUUCUAUAAUGCCUUUUGUAAAUACAAUAAACAAAUUUUUAAUGCCA